AUGCGUCCCUCUCGAGUUUCUCGACAUGGGCGCUCCCACUGGCCCCCGGCUCCCUGCGUCGAGGAAGAAAUUCCGGCUCUUCUUCGAGAAAAGGGAGGCCUGUCCGAGAUAGGAGAGAAGCCCGGGGUCGAAGGUGUCAAGCAAAGAGGCGCCGUCGACCAGUAUCCGAUCAUAGAUUAUGCUGAUAUACCUCCCCCAUCAACCUCCCCUGGCAGUGUUCCCAGUGUGCCUAGCCUUGCAAAUGUCUCUUCCGAUGAGAGUACAGGACCGAAAACGCCACCGGCGCAAGAGCCUGUCACCCGGAACACUGUCAGAUUUGAGACUGAUGAGCUGCCAAAGCGUGCGCCACCAUCUGCCGUCAACCAACCGCGAGAACCAACGUGCCGACCUCAGGUGAACCAACGGCCCACUCGUGAUCCAAGGGCCCAGCGAGAGUCGCGCCCACAUACUCGUGCAUGGGAAAGCGCUUCUCGGCCCGAGGCGCCAGUGCAAGUUGCAGUCUACCCUUCGGCUCCGCAACAGCCUGUUCGUGAAAUCAACUCCCAGCGCGAGUCUCGCCCCCAUUCUCAUUCGCUUGAAGGCAGCUACAGCAGGCACGAUUUGCCAGCGCAGGUUGUCUCUUAUGCCGCGCCUGCACCUAGUGUGCCGGAUCGCUCUCGUGCUCCGGCCCCUGUGCACGAAAUUACCUACAUUCAACCUGCCAGGUCAUCGUUGGCUCGGUCGAACAGUGCUCGAGCUGGGCCUCACUCCAGACCCAUGCCAGACCGCAUUCGACGUGAGACAACUUCCGGGUAUCUGUCUGACUCGGCCACCACGCGCAGGGUCUCGCGAACCUCUCAGGCGCCUGUAGCCCCGACUCCAAUCGUACCUGCCGAGAAGGUCAUCAACGGGCCUACUCUAGCUGAGCGUAUCGAGCAGAAGCUUCGUCAACGAGAAGAACAGCGGGACCGGGGUGCACUAUCAGAUCCUGAGGUUAGCGCCCCGGCUGUGGUUCUCAGACCUACUAAUGCCUCGUUGGUCCCUCGGGCCACGGUCUCAGCAUCACAUUCGCCUUCCCGGUCGCCUCAAGGCCCGGAUAUCGAAGGAGCUCAGCCUGGUGCGCCUUUACCCUCGCGCCCUCGUGCAACGUCGGUGACAGCUCAGAGUACCCGAUCGUCUUCUGAAUCGCGCCAUCCUCCACGAGUGCUACGCGCUGAACUCGAGGCACCAAAGCCAGCAUCAACCCAAGCUUUGACAGUACAAGCCAACCCCGAAAAGACACUCUCUCAGUUCGGACAAAGAAGCAACCCCAACGGUUUGUGUAUCACAGCAUGCCCACGAUCCAUUCUGGCAACAGUACAUGAAGACUGGUACACCCUCAAAGGCCUGGACCACCUCGACAUUUGCCCAUCAUGCAUGAGCCAAAUCGCCCACUCGCGCUACAGCAACUUCUUCAUCCCAAGCCAAGCAAAAAUACCCUCCCGUCCAACCCGCUGCUCAUUCUCAAGCCCAUGGACCCGACUUGCCUGGCACCAAAUGAUCAAACGAGGCCACGCCAGUCUAGAACUCCUCUACCAAAUGACCCGUCCACCACCAGGCACAAGGCCUUGCCCAGGCCGCACUGCCACAGAGCAGCACUGGCAUCGAAUCUACGACCCUAGAAUCAAGGACUACCUCCCAGGCUUUCACGUCUGCAGCAGCUGCGCACGCAACAUCCGCAUCUUAAUGCCAGCUCAUCGCGAAACCCUUGAACCAGACACCGACGUCCGCGAACGAAUCUGCGACUUCCAAACCACAAGCCCACGCUUCAUGAAAUUCAUCGACCUCCUCGACGAUGCCGUCGAGCGCGCAGAAGCAAACCCCUCCCGGCCCCGUCCAGACCUGCAUGAGUUCCUCUCCUAUGCCCGGCGCAAGACCGCCCUCCGUGACUGCCGUCUCGACAGACAGAUCGUCACGAAGUGGCAUUACCUACCUGCCCUGCCGGAGCUGUGUAUCUGCGAAGACUGUUUCGAUGAGGUUGUGUGGCCGUUCGCUAGACACCAGCGCCCCAUUGCGCGCUCUAUCCCGCCUACCAGGCGUGUUCUGCCUGGUGAUGGGACUGGUGUUAAGCAGGAGGCUAGUUGUCAGCUUUACUCUAUGCGCAUGCGGGCGAAGUUCCGCGAGGCGGUUGCUACUAGUGACUUUGAGAUGCUUAAGUCUGCUGUUCUCAGGCGGGUUGAGGCUGAGAGGAGAUUCCGGGAUCGCAGGGAGGAACUUUUGGAGGCGCAGUCUAAGGGGUAUGAUUGUGAGGUUGAGUUGAGGAAGGCUGUUGACGAGUGGAAGAGGUGGGAGUGA